UACACUACGCUUAGGCAUCUAAUGUAAUGUAAUGCAUCAAAUAUGGACGAACUGUAAACAGCUGAAGGUCUGAUUGGGGUCGUAUUACGUAUUUUUAUUAUUACUAAAAUGUCGUUGGUUUGUUUUCCCCGAAUUUUGCAGUUUGAGGGGAAACUGCCUGGACUUAUCUCCUGCCUACCGAAAGUAGUUAAAGUACAGUCUGCAAAUAUCGUUAGUAAAGAAUUUAAAGAUCCCAAUGUUAAGAAGCCUGCUCCUUGGCCAUACCAGCAGAGGUUAUUUAACUUGUUCCAUUGGUAUAUUGAUGGCACAAAGAAGCGCUUCGAUGAAAAUUCUAAGAUAAUUGUUGUGGAUGGAAAUAUAGGAGCAGGAAAAUCGAAUUUUGCAAAGCAGUUGGCGGAUGCAUUCGAUAUGCUCUACCUACCCGAGCCAACUAUGGAGAAUUACUUUGUAUCACCUUAUGGAUAUGAUAUGCGCAAAAUAGACGAUAUUUUACCACCUUCAUAUAAGUGUUGUGACAUCAAAACAUUUUAUUCAAAUCCACAUCACCAAAACGUCGGAAAAUUUCAGUUCAGAAUGAUGUCUUUGCGAAUAAAUCAAUACGUUGACGCUCUAGCACAUCUUCUAAACACAGGGCAAGGAGUCGUUUUGGAACGCAGUACAUACAGUGAAUUUGUAUUCGUAGAAACUAUGCAUAAGUUUGGCUACUUGAGUAGCCCAGCGAAGCAGCUGUACUAUGAUUGUCACAAUAAUGCAGUAGAAGAACUGUGGAGGCCUCACCUUGUUAUCUACCUUGACAUCUCGCCCGAAGUUGCCCUGGAAAGGAUCAAAAAACGAAAUGAUCCAGCUGAAGUUAAUUCUAAAGUAUUAACUAAAGAAUAUCUGGAAACUAUUGAGCACUUCUACAAGCAAAAAUUUCUGAAAGAUAUAGAGACUCAUGCGGAACUUCUUAUUUAUGAUUGGAACAAUUAUGGAGAUGUUGAAGUGGUAGUAGAAGAUAUCGAAAGAAUAGACUUUGAUCGUUUCACUAUUUAUGAUGAUAAACUUAAAGAUUGGAAAUAUGAUGACGAUUGGAUUUUGGGGUGGUAUCGAAGGCAAUUCACAACCCUUAAGCGAAGAAUUCUGGAUUAUGCAUGUAUUUAUCGACCUAAAGUGAAAGAACUGUUUCAUCCUGGAGAAGAAGUUUUGGAAUUUCAUGAAAUUCUAAAAAAGAUACCUGGAGAAAGGUAUGCUAACGGUUUCAAUCCUGCAGCUGGAGAUAAUGUAUGGUUUAAAACAGUUCAUGAAAAAGGCAAAAGAUUCUAUGCUGGUCCAGCCAGGUGGCAUAGAUCGUAUUAAGUUCUAGAGGAUUUUGAUCCUUUUCAUUGUAAUUUUACAGAGCAAGCAAGAACAUGUAUUAAUAAAAGGCUAUACAAUUGCUU